ACGCGUUUUUCACUUUACGCGGGCCACCGUGGGUUGAAUUAACCGCGUAAAGUGAGGGUUCACUGUACUACUAAAACACUUGUACACUAAUUUUGAGUUGCUGUCUCAAUGAUCUGCACUUCAACAACUGUACACUUAUAGUUUCUUCAUCAGACUCUUCACAUUGUAAAAUCUGUUGAGUUCCAGGAGUAGAUGCAGUAAUAGCUCCGAGAUCUGACACACCACAAGAUUUGAACCAAAAUGGAAAGAAACGGAGGAGGCAGGAUUGGACACAUUGCUUGACAGGCUCAGAGAUGCUCACCAUGUGAUCUAAAUUAAUGCGUUUCACUGUACAUCAUGAAAAUUUGAAUAUUUAAAUGUAUAUAUGUUUUAGUUUAAUUUGUGCAAUGAGUAAUUUGAGCAUUCCCUCUUUGGGUGGCUUGUAUUAGUAUUAAAAUUUUUGACUGAACUGUCAUUUUGAUGAUGGCUUACAGCUUGCAUCACUGUCAUCACUUGCAGAGUGAAACUGAAUUCAUGGCUGAACUUCUUGUUGCAUUGGCAUAUCGCCGUAUACUUCGCCGAGAACGGACGUACCGAGAUCCAUUAGAUCCACUAGCCGUCAGCGAUGAACACUUGAUAAAACAUUAUAAGUUUCCUCGGCAAGAAAUUUUACGCCUGUGUGAAGAACUUCGACCAUCAAUUGAACGUCCAACAAAUAGAUCACAUGCCAUUCCCUGUCACACGCAAGUACUUGUUGCUUUAGGGUUUUAUACAAGUGGUAAUCUUCAGUCUUCUGUGGGAAACUCUACAGGCUUAAGUCAAACCAGUGUGAGCAGAGUGAUCAAUAAAGUGACUGAUGCUUUGUUUAAGAAAGGACUUACAGAAAUCAGAAUGCCUAAAGAUGCUAUAAGCAUCAACAAAACCAAACGGAACUUCUGCAUGGUUGACAACUUUCCCGAUGUAGUUGGUUUGAUUGACUGCACACACAUUCCUAUUAAAACACCCAUUGCUAAUGAACGCAAGUAUGUGAACCAGAAGAAUGUCCAUUCCCUAAACAUUCAAGUAGUGUGUAACAGUGAAAUGCUCAUUGGUAAUUUUGUGGCCAAGUACCCGGGAGGUGCUCGUGAUGCCUUUAUAUGGAGCAACUCGACUCUUCAUAAGCGAUUUGAAGUUGGUGAUUUUGGGGAUGCAUACUUACUCGGUGACAGUGAUUACCCUCUUCAGCCUUUCCUUUUGACACCUUUCCAUCACCCAGUAACUGCUGCACAAGAAAGGUACAACAGGAGCCACAAGAAAACAAGGGAUAUUAUUGACAAGACAUUCGAUAUACUGAAGUCUAGAUUCAGAUGUCUGCACCAGGCUAGAGGUUACUUGAAUUAUGAACCAGGGAAGUGUUAAAAUGUGUAGCCAGUUUGUACCUACACAAUCGGUGUAUUCAGCGUAGUAUUCCACUCGAUAUGGAAGACCUGAUACAAAAUGAUGAUCCAGGUCCUGUUGAACAGUUCUAUGAGGAUCACACUAGUCUUGGCUACUGUAAAAGAAUGGAGGUAGUGGACAAAUUUUUCACACAAAUUAUGUAAAUUCUGUACAGUACUCUGGGUUGCUUCUUCAUCUGUAUGAACCCAAAUGUCAGAUUCAUAUUCUUUUUAAAGAUAUUGUACUGUAUUAUCAUACCGAAUCAUUGACACUGCCAUAGGUCCUUUUUACUAUAACUUAAACAGAAGAACUGUGCUCCACUUCCUCCAAUUCAGUGAAAACUGUUGUUAAGAGUUUUCAUAUUUCCAAAAUUACUUUUCAGCUGUGGAUAUCUAGUACAAAUGUGGGUGCAGUGGGACAGAAAAGUUUAUGAAACUAUAAAUUUCUUGUUUAAAAAGAAUUUGUAGUUGUCUUAUGACUUUAAAAUCUAAUGUAGAUAUACCAUAAUGAGCAUAAGAUAUUAGACAUGUAUUCAUACAGGGGUCCUCAUUUUACGUCAGGGAUGUGUUCCAGAGAAGAGCGAUUUAUAACUCACUUUUUGUCAAAUUUUAAGUUGAUGUCUUAGGUUUAGGAUAAAUUAUAUUUUAAUAGGUUUUCACGAAGUUUCCUUUAUUUGUUGUUUAUUAUUUAUGAAUAAUUUUAUGACUGAUAAUUUAGUUUUACUGCAUUUUCAUAUUUUAUAUACAUUUUAACUUUAAAAAUAUCUUAUACAGUAUCUGUUUUGUAUUUUAAAGCAUUUUAUGAAUGUUUUUCAUCUUGAAUUAUUAAUUUAUUUAAAAUAAAUUUUUAUGUUUUAAAGUACUGUACUGUAGUACUGGUACAUAAUGAAGAUAGUACUGUACAGCCUUUAUGCAGCACUUUGAAUAUUUUACAAAUUUUUUACAUUUGUAAAUUUUUGUUUAAACUUAGUUGGCUCUUGGGUGCUACAGUCUUAGCCGCUGAAGCUCCUUUAAAAAACACAGUACACCUGUGCAUGUAAGCAAUCAGUCAAUAUAAGCAGCUCACUUGUUUAGGUCUGCUUUGUCCAUUCAUAUGGAAUAUGAAUCAUCCAUGAACCCUUCAGAGUAUCUCUUUAAUUUGUACAAUUUGGAUGCACUUGAACUUUGAAAUUGUCCUAUUGCCGCUAAAUCUGUGGUACCCCAAACAAUUGUAUGAUUUAAUAAUACAGUGGUCACUUUCGGUUAAAGAACACAAUGUCCACAGAGUCGUUCGUUAACCGAAUCCAUUAUUUCAAUGGGAUAUUGGGCAAUUGGUUCCACCUCACAAAAAAGUUCAUACAAAGUAUAAACAAAAUGCAGUAAAGUACACUUACUUUGAGGUGUGUAUGUAGAAUGUUGCUGGUUGAUCAUGAUGGGAAUUAGAAGUGGGCAGGACGAGGAAGUGGGGGUGGAGAAGGGAGAAGAGAGCAUUUUCAUGCUUCUUGGAAGCAAUAAUUGUAGACACAGUUGAUGCCGACAAGCCAUAUUCUUUACUCAGUUCAUUGGUUCUAAUGCCUUCUUCGUGUUUCUUAAUAAUUUCCUGUUUCACUUGAAUUGAAAUCGCCUUUCUAGAUUUCUUUGGACCCAUGCUU